GCCUCCACAUGUGGCGGCAAGGACCAGCCAUUUUGGGUGGGGGAGGGCGCCGAUUUAGAAUUAUCGCCACUUCGAAUAUCUCACGCAGAUAGUAUAUUCCUCCUCCCGCUCCUCGCUUGCCACGAGCAACGAGAGCGUGUGCCCGUCUCCGUUCGUUAUGAAGCCGCUGAACUCCCCUUAAUCCAUCCACCGAAUGGCUUACACUGCCAUUCUUUUUGGUGGGUGCUCCCGCCCAGCAUCAUUCAUCCCUCCCGCCAACACGUUUCGCCUUCCCCACGGUUCCGCGACGUCUUCAUCUUUUUGUUUUCUUCGCGAUCUCGAUCGUAGUCAUCGGGUGCCCCUUGCGCUUGGAUUUACACGCAGAAUUUUGAGGGUGGGAAGCUAUCAGCAUGAUGAUGCUGCAGGUAAGAAUGCCAAUGCUAAGGCUUCAAUACCUGGAAGUGUUCCUUCAAUGGGUGGGGACAGGUCUUCAAGUAGCAGAGUUGGUGACGAGAAAGCUGAACGGCCUGAAGGAAAGAACAAUUGGAAGGUGAAGAAUGAAGCUCAAGACUCAGUCAUAGCAAGACUAGCAGUUGUUUGUGGUUUAGCUGUGAUAGUGGUUAUAGCGUUAGCUUGCUUCAAGAGGUUUCUUUGGGGACCUUCCUCAUCUGGCUUGCAGUUCUUACUUGAUGGUUCUGUAACAUCUACUCCAGAAGUAACAUCAGAUGGCUUUAACCUGAAAGUAUUUGGCUACAGACUUACAAUACCAGAAUAUACUCCAGGAUGGGUCUACUUUUGCUUGCUUAUGGCGGCUGGAUGUGGGCUUUUUAUUAGUGAAGAGGCACUAAACAUUUGGGUCGGCAUGUCAUUAGCUCGGAGAUUGGUUCUUGAUGGCUCUUGGGAGUCAUUUGCUGCUUCUUUUUCAAACAAUGCUUCCAACAUUGUCUCAACAGUGCUAUGGGUGUACUGGGGAGUGUGUAUUAGUGACUUGAUCCCUUUUUAUCUUGGCCAACUUGUAUCAAGGACUAAGGCACCUGAUGAGGUUUUCUCCAAGCUUGGAGUUUCCAAGAAGAAGGCAAACCAUAUUACUCGUGUGGUGAAGAGAUAUGGCAAUCUAAUAGGUUUUGUGGAGCGUUUCUCACUUGGAGUGAGGAAUCCAACAGCUUUUCUAGCCGGUGCAAUGGGAAUAUCAGCAGGCCGUUUUUUUGCUGGUGUCUGCUGUGGAUGCUUGAUUACUCUUCCAGUCCAGCUGGCGAUUGGAUUCUUGUUGAGAGAUCGUCCUGUGUUUGCUAUUGCAAGUGUUGCAACAGCUGUGGGCAUUUGGACUUUGUUUCCAUACGUGUUAGCUGCUUUGACAACCCUUUUCUUUUUUGUUCGACACCAGAAUACAAAGUAAUUGCAAUUUUGCAACAUGAAGAGCCUCUCAAUUAGCUGAACAGUUUGUCUGUGCUUUAUUUGCCCCUUACAUAAGUUGAUGUAUCACGGUGCUUAUUUAUCAAAGAAAAGAAGUCCAUGAGUUGUGGACUCCAUUCAUUUUCA